AUGUCGAAUCUCAUCAACAAGGCCAAGGAUGCUCUGUCUGGCAACAAAGGCCAUGACACGACUACAACCAACACUUCUUCCGCAUAUGGCACCACAGGAGCCGGUUAUCAUGAUUCCGUCACUGCCAACCGCGUGGACCCCACAGUCGACAGUCGCACGGGGACGUCUACCGGCGCCGCAGGGCCACACACGUCCAAUCUUGCCAACAAACUCGAUCCCCGUGUAGACUCCGACCGGGAUCACCGUGCCAAUCCAAACAGCAAUGUUGGAGGAUAUGGUAGCUCGGGCUACGGACCGACCUCCACCACCACCACCGCAGGCCCUCACUCGUCUAAUCUUGCCAACAAGGCUGAUCCUCGCGUCGACAGCGACUUUGAUCACCGCGCCAAUCCAACCAGCACUGUUGGAGGAUAUGGUAGCUCGGGCUACGGACCGGCCUCUGGUACCACGGCGGGACCUCACUCGUCCAAUCUCGCCAACAAGGCUGAUCCUCGCGUCGACAGUGACCUGGACCACCGCGCCAAUCCAACCAGCACGGUGGGAGGAUACGGCAACUCAGGAUAUGGCAAUUCAGGGUAUGGAACAACAGCAAACACUACAGCGGGUCCUCAUUCUUCCAACAUGGCAAACAAGCUUGAUCCUCGAGUGGACAGCGAUGCCGAUAACCGCAACAACCCUGCUAGCCGUGUUGGCGGCUAUGGGGAGACUCAAGGCACCUACGGCGGUGCUGGCACGACCUCAACCUCAGGAUAUGGUACGACUGCACAGCCAGGAGGAGUGACGGGCACUACGGGAACUACUGGUCAUGGAGCAACAGCUGGUACACAGGGUACCCCGGUGCACAACAGCGAGCUCCUCAACAAGCUGGAUCCCAGAGUGAAGACAAGUGGUGGAUAUUGA